AUGACCUCGACCCUUGAGGAGGCGUUGUCGCAUACUGGCGGCAAUGGCAGCUCGGAGGAGGGUGUCUCGCUCAAGAGCUUCUUGGCCUCGCUGGCGACGGCCAUGAUUGUCUUUGCAGUCGAGUUCCUACUAUUCCUGCUACUUAAAAGCAAAUUAACCCGCAUCUACCAACCACGAACCUAUCUAGUCCCAGACCGAGAGCGCACCGAACCAUCCCCGCCAGGCCUCUUUCGCUGGGUCGGCCCAGUUUUUCGAACAUCCAGCUCAGAAUUUAUCCAAAAAUGUGGACUGGAUGCCUAUUUCUUCCUUCGCUACCUACGCAUGCUCCUCAAAAUUUUCAUUCCUAUGGGCCUUCUGAUCUUGCCAGUACUAUUGCCGAUCAACCGCGUGGGAGGAAAAGGGACGACGUUCCAAAAUAGUACUGAUUCGGGCUCACGAUGGAAUGUCAGUGGCUUAGAUCAACUGGCCUGGGGCAACGUGAAACCUGAGCAUACCAGCCGCUACUGGGCCCACUGUGUUCUGGCGGUGAUUAUGAUUUUCUAUGUCUGCGCCAUAUUCUUCGACGAGCUGCGUGGUUACAUCCGUAUGCGUCAAGCCUACAUGACAUCCCCACAACAUCGACUACGCGCUUCUGCAACGACCGUGCUCGUGACAGCUAUCCCCCACAGUUGGCUGAACGUCGAGUCACUGGACAAUUUGUUUGAUGUGUUCCCUGGUGGUAUUCGGAACAUAUGGAUCAACCGCAACUUUGACGAGUUGAAUGAAAAGGUCAAGGAGCGAAACAAGAUUGCACUCAAGCUCGAGGCUGCCGAAACAGGUUUGAUCGCAAAAUGCAAGAAAGCCGCCUUGAAGAAAGCCAAGGCCGAGGCGAAGAAAACCGGAAAAAGUAAAAAGGAGAUUGCAGACCAAGAAAAAGCCGCAACCGACCAAAGAGCUACCGAAAUGGCCAUGGGACCUGGAAUCAGCUCUGGCGACCCUCAUCAAGCCCACACAUUGCGCGAGGUUUUGCAUCGACACCCCGAGACGCAUAAGCGUGGUGAAUCCGAUGGCUCACGCACUGGUGGAGGAGUCUUUGAUCCGGCGCUUAUGGCAGCUGGCCUGGUUGGGCACGGCGUGGGGAAGCUAGGGAAAACGGUCAAAGGCGGCCUGAAGAAGGUAGAGGUUGGGUUUGACAACACAUUGAGCCGUAAUGGUGGCUUUGUGGAGACGACCGACAACGGCCUGCCGCCUCGUGGAAGAAGCCCUCCUGCAUUUGGAGGUGAUGUGCCCACCGAUGACCUACCUUUGGGAUCUGUUGAGUCAACCACAAAGCCACGAACACCCGAAGAAGGCCAGAGUGGCAGCAUGUGCCAAGAUACAAGGCCCACCCCCCAGAAGCGCCCGUCUUGGAAGGAUCGCAUGUCAUCUCACCUGACUACCCAAUCCAAAAAAUCUGGCCCGGAGCCCGAUGAGUACCCUCUGACUGGUCCUGGUUCUCCUGUGGCUGAUACGACUCAUGAUGCAACAGCAAAGUCCACUGCACGCAAUGAUCUUGGAGACCGGCGUAAAAGCCAUAAGGAGGGAGACGAGAUCGAAGGAGAAGAAUAUCCCGUCGCUUACAAUGAGGAUUUCGAUAAUGAAGACUAUGGAGAGCCACUAUGGGAGCAAUACGUUCGACAAAAAGACAGAGAUACCCACCGUCUACCCAUCUUUGGUUGGAAGUGGAUGCCUUCGCUGUGGCUUCUCGGCAAGAAAGUUGAUACCAUUGACUACUGUCGGAAGGAACUUGCGCGAUUAAAUCUUGAAAUCGAGAUUGAUCAACAGCACCCGGAGCGAUUCCCGCUGAUGAAUUCUGCAUUUAUUCAAUUCAAUCACCAGGUUGCGGCACAUAUGGCUUGUCAAUCCGUCGCGCACCAUGUGCCAAAGCAGAUGGCCCCUCGAAUUGUGGAAAUUUCCCCAGACGACGUGAUCUGGGAUAAUAUGUCCAUGAAAUGGUGGGAACGCUAUCUCCGCACCUUUGGCAUCGUUACUCUUGUCAUCGGCAUGGUGAUUGGAUGGGCGUUCCCCGUUGCCUUCACUGGACUUCUAUCGCAACUGUCCUACCUCGAGGGAGCCUUCACGUGGCUUUCUUGGCUCAAUAAGCUGCCUGCGUGGUUGAUCUCUGCCAUUCAAGGUAUUCUACCCGCACUUUGUUUGGCCAUUCUCAUGGCUCUUUUGCCCCUGAUUCUCCGUUUCCUGUGCAAGACUCAAGGCCUGCACACCGGUAUGGCUAUUGAGUUGACCGUCCAGAACUACUACUUUGCGUUCCUGUUUGUGCAACUGUUUCUGGUCGUCACUAUUGCCUCCAGUUUCUCGACCAUCAUUGAUAAUGUCACGGACGUGAGCAGCUGGCCCGAGCUACUUGCCACGAACAUUCCCAGGUCGAGUAACUACUUCUUCUCCUACAUGAUUCUGCAAGCCAUGUCUGUGAGUGCCGGUGCUCUGGUGCAGAUCUUCGGCCUUAUCAGCUGGUUCAUUCUCGCCCCAAUCAUGGACUCCACCGCGAGGAAGAAGUGGGCUCGCACAACAAAUUUGAACCAAAUGCAUUGGGGUACAUUCUUCCCCGUCUACACCACCUUAGCUUCAAUCGGUCUGAUCUACUGUGUUGUUGCACCACUCAUCAUGGUGUUUAACAUCAUCACAUUCAGCCUUUUCUGGUUUGUCUAUCGCUACAACACACUAUAUGUGACCAAAUUCCGGUUUGAUACCGGUGGUCUCCUCUUCCCGCGUGCGGUCAACCAGCUGUUUACCGGAUUGUAUUUCAUGGAGGUGUGCCUGAUCGGUCUUUUCUUCCUCGUGCGAGAUACGCAGGGAUCAGUGGCCUGUAAGGGUCAAGCUAUUAUCAUGAUCGUCGUUCUUAUCAUGACCAUUGGCUUCCAAAUCCUUCUCAAUGAGGCGUUUGGUCCACUUCUGCGUUAUCUACCGAUUACACUCGAAGAUGCUGCUGUUCGCCGUGAUGAGGAGUUCCACCGUGCUCUGCUAGCCCGACUCGGUCUAGGCAUUGACGCCGAGGACGGGGACGAGGACGGGGACGGUGAUAUUGAGCAUCGUCUCGCCAAUCGGGAGCGCAAAGAACAUCAUCGGGACCAAGACGCACAUGACAUUGAACUGAAGGCGCUAGAGGCAGAUCGUGAGGGACGAAAGCGUCAUGACUCGGGUCUCCUAACAACACCUAAACUUGGCAUGAAACGACCAUCCUGGGCCGACCGCUCACCCAAUAGGCGGUCGAAGUUCUUCGGGGAGAACUCAGCCGGUCCAAGUCCGACUAUCAAGGCCCUCCGUGAGAAGAUGGUUCACGAUACCGAAGCACAAGGGCCAGCCACCAACAACGUGGGUCAUGCCCUCUUUGCGGGUAUUCACGACGAACUGGAAGAUCUCACCCCAGAUGAGCGUGAUCAGCUGACACAACGAGCUUUCCAACACGAAGCUCUCCGCGCUAAGCGGCCCGUGAUUUGGAUUCCACGAGAUGACCUUGGCAUCAGUGAUGACGAAGUCUACCGCACACAGCGGUUCAGCAAGCAUAUCUGGAUCAGUAACGAGUACCAAGCACUUGAUGGCAAGUGCCGAACGAUCUUUAGCCGCAGCCCACCGGAUUUCUCUGAGGUGGAUCUGAUUCAACUGUAA